UUAGUCAGACUCUGUGAAGACACGAGCGUGUGUCAGUAUGCUGUUGGUUGUGAUUCUGACUCUGGUUCAGAUGAAUGAAGCUCACGCUCAGGAUCCUCGAUGGCCGCUUCACACAGUCUGCGACUCUGAAAGAAUCACGGUGACCUACAGGAGCUGCGACCCUUUGCAGGAUGUAGGUUUUACUUUCCUGCCUUGCCCUGAGAGAUUAACCGAUGUUGUAAAAAUCAGAUUGGCCUUGAUUCUGAGGAGGUCCAUCGAUGAGCUUUAUUCAUCAUACGAGCUGUUGCUCAAUGAUCACCCGAUCCUGAAGCGGGACGAGCCCCUCUGUCUUCCUCAGUUCCCACGUUUUAAGUUUUGUGGAAGCAGGAGAGGAGAAAUCAUCACCGUCGAGUCAUCAUUUAAGUCAAAAAUAAAUCUUCCUCUAAAGGCUGAUUUUGAUCUUAAACUACGUGCAAUAAAUCAAGAAGGCUUCCUGAUCGCCUGUGUGAAUGCAACUCUCAGCUUUCAUUGAUCCUUUAAGAGCAGAGGACCUGUGCUUCAGCUGAGAGCAACUGUACAAUCUAUUACACUGUGGUAAUUGCAAGUUGUUGAACUCAGAUGUUAAUUGUAUAUUACUGCAUUUCAGCAAAGGAAUGUUUAAGUUAUUUUUGUUGUUCCUCAAUGUAGAGUUAUGGGAAAUGUACAGAGUGAGUGUCGGCGUAUGUUCAGGAUUUUUGAUGCUUUCAGGUGAUUUUUGCCCUGGUCUCAGACCAUUGCUCUUUUAAAACUAUAAGAAUCCAUUAAAAACAAAAUGCAAACAGAAAAAAAGGGAUGUAAAAAAGCAGUGAACAAAAUAUCUAGAUUCAAUAUUUAUUUUGUGAAAAUUAUUUUAGUAAAAAAAAACAAAAAAAACUUUUUCUCCUGAAACUACGGAGGACAUUUUCAGUGAAAAGCAUGAUUGAAAUACAGUAUGAGACUGUCAAUAAAAUAAAGAAACAUAUCUUUAUUAUGUUUCAUUUUCAAACAAGCUGGAAUUUCCUUGAAAAUAUUAUUUAUUAAUUUCUUUUAGGAGACCUAAAAUGUCCAGCUAUGAAAUUAGCCAAAGAAAAAAAAGACCUAAAAUGUCCAGCUAUAAUUAAUAAAAAAUAAAAUAAAUUAUAAAAUAAAAUAAAAAAAUCCACAAAUGUUAAAGAUUUCCAUCAUAGAAAAACAACAACAAGCGUUAUGAAUUACAGUGGAAAUAAAACUGCAGUGGAAAUUUUCCUUCCUAGAAAGCCUGAAAUUUAGAAUUAAUAAAAACUAAUGCACUAUCAUAAAAAAAUAUUACAUUUGAAUAAUACCUUA